AUGGUGACGGAGAGGUACCGUGUCGUCCCGCGCCUGACAACGUUGCCUCUCCCGGUCAGUGACGGAGCGGGCCGGUCAGGGGUGUUCCUGGCGAUUGACGCCAACAUUGAGUUGGCCGAGGAGGACGGCGUGUUCGACGUCUACGGCUACCUGAAGAAGAUGCGGCAGGCUCGGCGGGGUCUCAUCGAGACGAUCGACCAGUACAAGUUUGUGUACGACACGCUGGAGGAGUUCGUCACGUGCGGCUAUUCGUCCUUCCCGGUGUCGGAGCUGUCGCAGCGGCUGAAGGAGAAGGCCGUCAAAGGGCUCGACAAGCUGAACGACUACCAGCGCGAGUUCAACCAGAUCUGCCGCCAGGUGCCCAAGUUCACGAUCGGCGACUGCGCCGGCGGCCACCGCGCCGACAACCGACACAAGAACCGUGACGUCAUGAUCGUGCCGCCCGACAACUUCCGCCCGUACCUGAGCUCAUUCCAAGGCACCAACUUCACCGACUACAUCAACGCCGUGUUCGUGGACGAGUACAACCGCGCGCGGGAGUACAUAGUGACCGAGUGGCCGCUGCGCUCCACGCAGAGCGACUUCUGGAGCCUGGUGUACGACCACGACUGUAACUCGAUAGUGGUGCUCACCAACCCGGGCGACAGUUCGAGCUUUCCCCACUUUUGGCCGGAGAGCACCAGGUCCAAGAAGUACGGCACCGUGUUCACUGUCGAGCACAUAUCGCACCAGCACUACCAGAACAUCAAGUCCUGGGUCUUCAAGAUCAACAAAAAGGAGAUAGCGCCGUACCGUAAGACCAUAUCGACCAACGUGGACCCACAUCAAGGCUCGCAGAUCGUCUCGCUGACUGAGCUGAUGGCCGGCGUCAAGGCCGAGGUGAAGACGUGCCAGCUGUUCCAACUGACCUGCUGGCCGGCCGCCUACAAGGUGCCCACCUCCACCAACGCGUUGGUCGAGCUGAUGAACAUGGUGGAGCGGUGGCGGCAGCGCUCCGGCUACGGGCCUGUGGUCGUCGUCUCUCCUGACGGCCAGUGCCGAGCGGGCGUGUACUGCGCGGCCAACGCGUGCAUCGAGCAGGUGAUCCAGCACAGCGAGGUGGACGUGUUCCAGGCGGUGAAGACGGUCCGCCGGCAUCGGCCGCAGCUCAUCUCCAACAUGACCGAGUACAAGUACUGCUACGACCUGGUGCUGCACUACGUCCUCCACUAUCUGAACCAGGAGGCGGCCAGCCACUAGUGACGGCAGCGGACGGGCGGGCCGCCGCGACGGUCUGGAGAGGCUGCUGCCGGCUGCCGCACACUCCUGCCGGCCGUGCACUGGUCUGCCUAUGUGAUGUGGGAAAGCUGGCAAGUGCGGGGUGGCCGGCUGCGUGACUUCCCCGCGCUGAUGAUCGGGUUUGGGCCUGAUCUGGAUCUGGAUCUGGGUCUGGAUCUGGGUCUGGUGCCGGGUCUGGGUCUGGGUUUCGGCCGCCAACCGUCGGUGGUUGGGAUCUCGGCCGGAGGGGUUUCGGCCGCCGGCCGUCGGUGGUCGGGGUCGGGGUCUGGACCGGAGGGCUUUGGCCCGCCAGCCGUCGGUGCGUCGAGGGGCAGCGAUGCCGUCAACGGCGUGCUGCACGAUCUAACCCCAGGGGCAGGGGCGUCGGCUGUAAAGUCUGAGAGCAUUGGAGGUCGAACGGAAUUUGGAGCUCUUGGUGUGUGACAAAGGAGCGGAUGUGCCAUCGCCCGUCUGAGGGUGCCCGUUCUCUUCGGCGAGCGUCAUUGAACAGGACUCCCGCGUAGCAGUUAUGUAUAGCGUUCAGACGUGUAGCAGCUGCGCAUGUUUUGUCCGUGCAGUCGGCGGUAUUCUGGGUGAAAACGUUAACGCUCGUCCCAUGGUGUGAGCGUGUCGUUCAUGUACUCAUAUUACGACAGCGAUCCGUACCAGUUCGGUUUUGGUGACUGUUGAGCGCCGGCGUGCGUUGUUUGCGACUUGGAAGUUCAGAUUGUAUGAUUGUUAGCGAGUUAUCUGAGGAUAUGCCUUUCUGAGAUGGCUAUGCCGGAUUUGGCGGCCGCACGUUACCGCCCCGUGCACGGCUGUCUGGCUCAGCGCAGGCGGGCAGGCCGUGCGUCCCCCUGCGGGUGGCCGUCCCAGCGGC